CCUUAACUUUUUUUGGAAGUUUUAUGGAGUAGUCAUCAGUGAUUCGGCCAGUCACGAUGCCUGGCCAGGAAGCUCCGUGCGUGGAACUUGGCAGCGCUCCCCAGACGCCGAGUGUCGGGCCAUCGCCGUCGCCUUCAGAAAUAUCAAGUACAAGUACUCCCGAGCCACAUAAUUUGCGACCGACACCUUUGUUUAGGGCGCUGGCUAUGCCGCCUCCCGAGCCCGAGCAGCCACCGGGACAGGACGAGCUGGAGCGCCGUCUGCCCGGCUACCGGCGCAUCGUGAUACCGCGGGAUCUCACGCUCAUCGAGCUGUUGAAACAAUCGAGCGGCGCUCAGACCGACGAGGAAGUUCUCCGCAUCCGCGAGGCGAAGCUGCGCGUGAUCGCGGAGCAGGUCGGGCUGCGGCGGCUGCCCGUGCUGGCGCCGAGGCUGCGCGAGCUCACGCUUGACGGGAGCGCCGUCGCGACGUUGCGCGACCUUGGCAUCGGACUUGCGCGUUUAAAGAUCUUGAGCAUAAAUCGCUGCGGUCUGACGAGCCUCGACGGGGUGUGGGGCCUGGGCGCCCUGCGGGAGCUCCACGCGGCCGGUAACCGGCUGCGCGACAUACAACCCUUGGCCGGUCUUCAGAAAUUGCAUACGUUGAACUUAGCAAACAACCCGAUAGCAGAGUCAAGUCGGCUCUGGACGUUGGGUGUGUGUGAUUCCUUGCGCAACUUGACGCUGCGAGGCACCCCGCUGGCGGACGCGGAGGACUACCGCGCGCGGGUCGAGACCGCUCUACCCAGACUGCAGUAUCUAGACGACCGUCCGAUGCACGCCGAUGAUGAGGAUGCUCACGCAGCAGAGUUGAACCCCACGUUGAGUUCGGACUCGGAGAGCGAAUGCGAGGUGGACACCACGGCCGCCUCCAUGACUCCUGACGUGUCUCUGGAACCGCAACCUGGACCGUCACAUUCACAACUAGAGAGCCUAGAAGCUGAUGUCGAUGUUGUUAGCCCAUUGCGUGUCUCCCGUCGAAGACCGGCCACGACCGAGUGUGUGGGAGCGAGGCCGCGCGUGCUACUCCCGCCGCGGCCCAGCACCGCGCACUCGACGCGUGAGCGAGCGCCGAGCAGGCUACAUGCGCUGAACACGCUCAUGGAUGAGGAGUGGCGCAACAGUGGUAGCAGAUUGACUUCGCAGCACCCAGUGUGUGGGAACAUAGCGAGGGCCCUGCGGCGCCCGCAGUCAGCUCAGCAGACGCGUUUGGAAGAAGAAGAGAAGCUGUUGGUGAGCGAGAGUGUCGAAAACGCGAUGCGCGCUGUCGCGAAGGAGAUACCCCGCGCACCGUGCGUGGAGGAUUGGGCUCAGUUCCGGAACCUUACCGGCAUCGACAUCGAGAUCGACUUUAAAGCACGACCACAAGCGGAUGCUAGCACCGCGAUGGAUCGCCUGGAACAAAUAGAAAAGGAGACCUUGGAAAGGCUGCAAGAAGAGGCUUCGAAGGAGUUGUGUAGUACAAAUAUACCGUCCUCGUCAGCCGGGAGGUUCGACAUGCGAGCCCCGAGCGAGUGUGACGCGUGGAGCGGCUCUGGAGACUCCAGCCGGGAGCCCCGCGGCCCCAGGCCAGACCCCAGGCUCGAAGUCGACGUGCUGUUUAAAAACAUUAUUGCUAUGGGCAUUCAAUCGCAACCCUAAUUUACAAUAGAGGGAUUUUAGAAUUACAGUUUUCGUUAUUGUCACGGCUUGAAU